AUGGAAAGACUCUCUGUUGUGGAGUAUCUCACGAUGCGAUACUUAAAUGAAAGAGAAGCAAAAAGACUCCUUCCAUACGAUGAGGACCUGGUGGAGAGAGUGCAGUUUCUCCUGCAGAGACAGAAAACAAGACAGCAGGAAGAAGAAAAUAAAAACAGAAUAAAAGAGCACAUAUACAAGAUAGAAAUAGACAGGCUGGAGUGGAUGCUAACAGAGUAUCUCCUACUUCGCCUCGAGAAGAUAAGAAACAACUUCUACAUAAAAAAUGAGCAGCUUCUCUCGGAAAAAGAAAAAGAGUACUACACCGCGUACAUCCUCAUAAACAAAGAAGAAAAGAUCUACACCCCGCUAAAAGACAUCCCAGAAAGACACAAAGAAAAAAACAGCACAGAGGUCCAUGGAAUAUACGUACUAGACACGAUACAAGAUAUAGCAAUAGACGGAGAAAUGCUGUCUUUUUCCCCAGGCGAGUUUCUUAUAGGGGACAUUGCACAGGCUGAAGAGCUGGUGAACGACCUCAGCGUUCUCCUGGUGUAG